AUGCCAAGCAAGGCUCGCAAGUCAGCUCCACAAACCGCCGCAUUCUUCCUCGAGCAACAAGAGACCUACUCGAUCCAUCUCUCCCUCUUUCAACCGCACCCUUCCCUGAAGCCAGCGCCAUUCCAGAGCGAUAUCAGAGUCGUCCUCGACAACGUCUUUGACCGCUUACCGGAUUCAGCGCUGCAAGGUCAACACGGUCUGGCAAGCCGCUCGCAUCGCAGCUUCAUCAAUCGAGACAGAUCAACCAAAUCAUUCGGAUCGCCCAUCGAUAUCCGUUUCGGACCCAUCCGCAUCGAUUGGGCUGAGCGGGCUCGAGGUGGCCAAAUGUCGGAAGCAUCACGGUCUCAGCAUGCCGGCUCAAGCUAUGCUUCUGCUGACUCUGGCACUGCUGCUACUGCUGCUGCUGCCUCUGCCUCUAGUUCAGCCAGGCCACAGAGGAGGAAACAUGUCUUCCACGCCAAGCAGCCACAGGUAGCGUUGCCAGUGGCGACUUUCCACAAGACUGACUCUUUCGAAGGCGACGCUUCGGGUUCAAGAGAUGCGGACCAGCAGAACUUGGCUUCAUGCAACGAAAAGUUUCAAGGUAUGACCAUCGGCGCCACCGAGGUCGCUUUCGGUAUCGUCCAUCUUUUUCGAGAUAAGCAGGAUGCAGCCGCUUCCGCUGCAAGAACCACUGGACCAGCCGGCGCAACUUCCAUUCACCCCGAUCUGCAAAACCAGAUCCCGGAGCAAGACCUCGGUGCUGUCGUAGCGGUCCUGGCGGUACCUUCCCACCUCACUGCCUCGCACUUCCUCUCGUACAUCGAGCCGGCCGUAGAGGCCAUCACACACCUUCGAAUGGUUCGAGACAUGCACCCCAAUCGAUGUAUGGUGCUCAUUCGCUUCCGCGACGCAAAGGAUGCCGAAGAUUUUCACAAGAUGUACAAUGGGCAGCCUUUCAACGCCAUGGAUCCACAAGAGAUCUGCCAGGUCGUCUACAUCACAUCGCUGACCGUGUCCAAGCAUACAUCGCUCCCCUUCAGCUAUCCCACAUUGACUAAUUCGGAUCCGUGGCCGACCAAUGCUGCCAACCAGUCUGCGCACGAGCUGCCCACUUGUCCUGUAUGCCUCGAGCGUAUGGACAGCUCCGUGACGGGGCUCAUGACCAUCUCGUGUCAACAUACGUUUCACUGCUCGUGUCUGUCCAAGUGGGGUGAGUCGCGAUGUCCCGUGUGUCGCUAUUCGCAAACAGGACAACCAUCGGCACAUCACCGACGCAGUAGGACGCCGCGGUCCUCUAUGGAUCCAUCCACUCCUUCGCGCAAUGGCAACGUCGGCACCGCCGAUGCAGAUGCAAACUCGGACGCGGAAAGCGACGUCGACGAGCCCAGCUGCUGUGCAGUAUGCGAGACGCAGCAGGACCUGUGGGUCUGUCUCGUGUGCGCUUCGGUCGGCUGCGGAAGAUAUAAGCAGGGCCACGCGCACCGGCACUUUUCCGAGACGGGCCAUCUGUACAGCCUCGAGCUUGAAACGCAGCGUGUUUGGGACUAUGCGGGGGAUGGAUACGUGCAUCGACUCAUCCAGAACAAGGCCGAUGGCAAGCUGGUCGAGCUGCCCUCGGCUUCUUCUGCGACAGCGACACCCGAGCGUAGCAGGACCCUGCCGGCCUCAGCGAGCUAUGCCUCUGCCAUGUCGACGAGCGGGACCAAGCACUCGGGUCCGCCCACCAUGUCGAGCAGAGAAGACGAGGGGAGGCGGCAGCAGUACGCUCAUGAGCACAAGCAAGCGCCGUCCGAAGCGCACGAAGGCUCGGCAGCGCGAGGCGUGGGUUCUAGUCGCUCCGCCGAUGAAAAGCUGGAAGCCAUCGGGAUGGAGUAUUCCUACUUGCUCACGUCGCAGCUCGAGUCGCAGCGGCACUUCUACGAGGACAAGCUGGACCAGUUCCAGGCGCAACUCACCUCGCUCACGGGCGAGCUGUCGACGCUCACGCACAAGGCCAAGCAGAUCGACGAGCUGUCUACACGCACCACGGAGCUGGAACGCACCAACGAGCUGCUCAAGCGGGACAAGGAGAAGAGCGAUAAGAAAGCCGAGAGGGCAGUCGAACUGGCACGCACCCUCGAGCGUGACCUGCACUCGGAACGGUCUAUGAACAAAGGGCUGAUGGAGCGUCUGGAGAGGACCAAGGAGAGCGAAGAGGCGCUCAAGGCGCAAGUGACCGAUCUGCAGGAGCAGGUCAACGAUCUCAUGUUCUUUGUGCAGGCGAGAGACAAGCUGGAUCAGGAGGGCGGAGAGGCCCAGGGGGGAGACGUCGAGCUGCGGGCAAAGCCGACCUCCGCAGCGAGGAAGGGCAAAGGGAGGAAGAAGUAG